CACAAUGGCAGCAUCACGGAACUCGUUUCGGAGGGUCUAGACACUUUCGCCAGUGUCAAGCUCAAUGGAGUCGACAUAAGGACGUCCGAAAACAUGUUCCUCACUCACCGUAUGGAUGUCACGCGUCUCCUGAAAGCCGAGGGACAGAACGAGCUGGUUGUCGAAUUCGCGUCGGCCCUUCGUCGGGGAAGGAGACUGGUGGAGAAACAUGCUCACGAGCAUCGGUUUCUAGCCCGACAGACGGAACCAGGGAGGCUUCCGGUGCGCAAAGCGCAGUACCACUGGGGCUGGGACUCGGGGUCCCAUCCUUGUGACCCGUACCUCGAGUCCCACCGCGGCAGAGUGGCGGACUUGUGGCUGCACGCCGAGGUAAGUCAGGACCUCGCCACAUGUGAUGUUCAAGUAUUCGCGCAGACAGAAGAGGCGAACUGUGGUCGUGAUCGGGUCUUGCUGGCAUUAAGAUUGGAGGGGACAACCGUCUUCUCCGAGGAAUGCGAAAUCGACGCUGCCGGGCGGUCCGGAACAAGGUUUACGCUCGAGGCACCAAGGCACCCCGGCUUUUGGUAUCCCCGUGGGUAUGGCGACCAGGCCCGGUACGAGCUCGAAGCAACGCUGUUGCGCGAAUCCGGCGAUGUGGUCGGUUCCUCGUCCAAGAUGGUCGGGUUCCGCCGCGCCGAGCCGGUGCAAGAACCCGACGCCUACGGGACGUCCUUCCAAUUCCGCAUUAACAACGUCGAUGUGGGUGGUAAACAGCCAGCUUACUACCGUGGACGCAGAGGUCAAUAUCCGCUUCCUUCAUAUCAGUCAAGGCCGGAAGGGAGGUCAGGAAGCCGCGGAACGGAGAAGUCCUGGUUCAACCCAACGCGACGACAGAUGUCCUGCUUGGGGUGAUGGCCGAAGUCCCAGGCGACGAUGUCUUCAACACAGAAGCGGAAACUUGGGACCCAUUCGUCAUCCAUGCCACGUUGAAAC